AUGGAUUCCAAAGCUAAAAUUCAUAUUGGAGUGCCCAAUGAGACAAAAAUUGUGCAAAAGAUUCUUCACUUGGCUGGAAAGGCUUUUAAGGAUUUUAAGGAAAAGCUUGAAGCUCACGAGGAACAAUAUAGAAAAAUUCAGGUUACCAACAACCUCCAACUUAAUGAGAAGGAAUUAGUGAAAACUUGCAGAAACUGCCCAAAAACUCCAGAUUUGUUCGAGAUCUCCAGAUCUGUUGAUGUUUUUGAUUCAGAUGGUGGUGACGGUGGUGGAGAUGGUGGAGUUGAAGGUGGAGAUGGACGAAGGAUGAUUGUAGCGGAGAGAAAUAAUGGAGGUGGAGAUGGAAGUGGUGGUUUUGGAGGGGGCGGGCUACAUAAAGGUGGUGGUGGUUAUGGAGGAGGCGGGGAAGGAGGUGGUGGCAGUGGCGGAUGUGGAGGUGGGGUUGGUGAAGAUGGAAGUGGAGAUGGGGUUAUUUAA